CGCAUUUUAAGAACUGAAAGUAAAAACUGCAAAAUCUAUUUUUACUCUGAAACUUCAAACGAGACGAGACAGAAAUGGACUCAGAUGGUGACUCCCAUCAUCUCUCAGAGUUGAGGAUUGUGUUAAUGGGGUAUAGAUAUUCUGGGAAGAGUUCAUCAGGAAACAUCAUCCUGAACAGUGAAGAGUUUGACUUGAAGACAACUGCUCAGUGUGUGAAGAGACAGAGAGAAGUAGCAGACAGACACAUCACUGUCAUAGAAGCUCCAGGAUGGUGGAUGAGUACACCUAUAGAUCAGAGCUCAGAGUUACUGAAACAAGAGAUUUUACUCAGUGUGUCUCUGUGUCCUCCAGGACCUCAUGUUGUUCUACUGGUUAUACGUGUGGACACUAGAUUUAAAGAGGACGAGAGAAAAGUAUUUCAGGGGUAUGUGGAUCUUCUCGGUGAGAGAGUCUGGAGUCACACUAUAGUGCUCUUCACUCAUGGAGACUUUCUAGGAGACACAUCUAUAGAGCAACACAUUGAGAGUGAAGGAGAGGAUCUCCAGUGGCUGGUGGAGAAAUGUGGGAACAGAUAUCAUGUUCUCAACAAUAACAACAGCAGUGAUGACACUCAGAUCAAACAUCUGCUGGAGAAGAUAGAAGAGACUGUGAUGGAAAACAACGGCUGCCAUUUUGGAAUGGACAGAAAGAUUUUACAGAUGAUGGAAGAAAGAAUGAUAGCAAAAGAGAGAGCGAAAGAACGAAUGAAGAGAAUGAAAACACAGAGAGAGAUGAUCAGAUCACAGAUAAGUGACACUCAGAAGCUCUCAGAGUUGAGGAUUGUGUUAAUGGGGUAUAGAUAUUCUGGGAAGAGUUCAUCAGGAAACAUCAUCCUGAACAGAGAAGAGUUUGACUUGAAGAGAACUGCUCAGUGUGUGAAGAGACAGAGAGAAGUAGCAGACAGACACAUCACUGUCAUAGAAGCUCCAGGAUGGUGGAUGAGUACACCUAUAGAUCAGAGCUCAGAGUUACUGAAACAAGAGAUUUUACUCAGUGUGUCUCUGUGUCCUCCAGGACCUCAUGUUGUUCUACUGGUUAUACGUGUGGACACUAGAUUUAAAGAGGACGAGAGAAAAGUAUUUCAGGGGUAUGUGGAUCUUCUCGGUGAGAGAGUCUGGAGUCACACUAUAGUGCUCUUCACUCAUGGAGACUUUCUAGGAGACACAUCUAUAGAGCAACACAUUGAGAGUGAAGGAGAGGAUCUCCAGUGGCUGGUGGAGAAAUGUGGGAACAGAUAUCAUGUUCUCAACAAUAACAACAGCAGUGAUGACACUCAGAUCAAACAUCUGCUGGAGAAGAUAGAAGAGACUGUGANGCUCUUCACUCAUGGAGACUUUCUAGGAGACACAUCUAUAGAGCAACACAUUGAGAGUGAAGGAGAGGAUCUCCAGUGGCUGGUGGAGAAAUGUGGGAACAGAUAUCAUGUUCUCAACAAUAACAACAGCAGUGAUGACACUCAGAUCAAACAUCUGCUGGAGAAGAUAGAGGAGACAGUGAUGGAAAACAACGGCUGCCAUUUUGAAAUGGAUGGAAAUAUUUUACAAGAGGAGAGAAGAGGAGUUGAGGAAGAGAGAGGAAGAUCACAAGGAAUGUGUAGAAAUGAGACGUCUGAUACAGUCUCUCUGGGAAGUUCUGGCUAUGAUUCAUUCAGAUCUCGACCAGGUGCGGACUACAGUUCAGAUUUUGCAUCAUCGCGCUCUAAAGACAGACCUAUCAUCUUUGGAGGUGGAUCAAGUUAUCAAACGGUGUUACGACAAGCAUUUAUGUGUAGAAAUGAGACGUCUGAUACAGUCUCUCUGGGAAGUUCUGGCUAUGAUUCAUUCAGAUCUCGACCAGGUGCGGACUACAGUUCAGAUUUUGCAUCAUCGCGCUCUAAAGACAGACCUAUCAUCUUUGGAGGUGGAUCAAGUUAUCAAACGCUGUUACGACAAGCAUUUAGGAGUGGAGAUAAGAAGUUUGAUAAAGUCUCUCAAGGAAGUUCUGGUUAUGGUUCAUUCAGAUCUCGAUCAGGUGCAGACAACGCUUCAAUUUUUGCAUCAUCACAAUCUAAAGACAGAUCUGUCAGCUUUGGAGAUGAAUCUGUACACUUCACUCAGAUUUUAGGAAUGAAAAAAACAAAGAGCCUACCCGUGAUCUCAAAAUUAAGAAGCAAACAUAAGAAUAAGCAAAUAAUUAAGAAACAAACAUUAUAAUAAGAAGAGAUAAAAGAAAAUGUGAUGCGAUUAGAAAAUAACAUGUACAAUUGAUGUAAUUAUUGGUGUCCUUAAGACAACCAAAUUUCUGUAAUCAUGAUUUUUCUGUCCAUUUAAGAAAAUCAAACUAAGUUACCUUCAUGGUUCUGUAGUAAUAGUUUAACUGAUACAGGUAACAUAUAUCACCAAACCAGUUACCCAGAGUAGGAAGAAUCAGAAUAAGUACUGUAAGGAACAGUUUGCACAGCAUGUGUCCUAAAAUAGCUGGAUAUAGUGCAGUGCAGUCGAAUUAAGGCUCAAGACUUGUUGAAGCAUUUAUCAUUUUUAUGAUUUUUAUGGAGAACUACGUAAUAUGACUGUUUCACUUUUCACCAAAGCUUUUAAAUUACUCUUUUAAACUUAAAAGGAGCAUUUACUAAAAAUUCCACCACUACAAAGCAUAAGUGUAUAACUUACUGCGGAAGCAUUUAAAGCUUUUUAAAAGUGUGUUUUAUUUGAGAUGAAAGGCAAAGUUGGCAUGAGAAGUGAUAUGCUUUUAAACCAGUAUAAGGUCAGCAUUUAGUAAAUAUAUUUGGCUUAGUUUAAAUUCAGCCAAUUUAAGCAUCAACUAAUGUUAAAUGUAUUUUAAUUUGAUUGAUUUUGCUGUUUAACAAUAUGACAGUAUGUUGGGUAUGUCUAUGUCUCGCACUAAACAUUAUGGGGCGGUUUCCCGGACAGGGUUUAAGCCUAGUCCCAGUCUAAUUUAAAUGUUAGAGGUGUCUUGAUCGAAAACAUCUUACCUUGACAUAUCUUAAAAUCUAUAAGUGUGAUUGUGUUGUCUCAAGAUGCACACCAGUAAUGUUUUUUUGUAAAGUAAAGUUUUUUUAAAUUGACUUAAAUAUCGUAAUUUAAUUAAGGCAUAGUCCUGGUUUAUGAUAACCCUUGUCCGGGAAACCGCCCCAUGAUGUUUAUUUAAAAAAAAGGGAUAACUCUGUUUUUUUAUUAAUUUUCAUAAAACAUGUUUUUUAUUGAGCAUUGAAUGUUAAUGGUUAAUACAUGCAGGGUGUCGCUUGAAAUAUUAUCUUUGUUACAAACACGGAAACCUAAAUAAAUUGAAUAAAUGUAUCUGUUAUUAUAAACAUUUUCUAAUGGUAUACACUA